AUGGCCCUUCUCGCGUUGCAGGAAAGCGAUAGCCCCAUAGAGACUCUCCAAGGCAUCAUUCUCUUAUGCCACUGGCCCGUGCCGACAACUUCGAUGUACAAAGACAUGACCCAAUUGCUAAGCGGCGCUGCCCUACAUCUCGCUAUGCAGAUUGGUCUUCACAUUGUAGGUACUGGUCAAGACUUUGCUCGUACCGUCUUACCUUCGAAUGCCGACCAUUCUUCCAGAGUUUUUAGAGCCCAGCUGUGGAUCCAAUGUCUCAUCACAUAUCAUAGCACGAGCUUGCGUCAGGGAAUCUUACCGUUGAUUCCUUUAGACUCUCCCCAAAUGAGGCUCUCAAAUGCAGAUCUCCCUGCGCAGUUUCUAGAUGAUCUCAGGAUUCACCAAAAGAUGCACAACAUCUUGAUGGCGGCGACCAGCUCUUUAGUGAGGCUAAUCCCUCCAGUUGGAUCUAACUCCCAGUCCAAACUGAACCCCUUUAUUAGCCUUUAUGACGCACAAUUUCAACAAAUAGCAGCGGAUAUCAGGUCUAACAUAUAUACGAUAUACCUUUACUGCUAUCGCAUUCAUCUCCUAUCAUAUCACUUCCUAGAUUGCCCUAGUCCAAAUCAUGAUGGUUUAAUUAAUCUUUAUAUUAUAUCCUGCAAACUAUUCGAGUCUUUGACUUCUCAGGAUGAGUCCACUGAGUUUUCCAGGGCGUGUCCAGAGUUUAUCUACAAGACGACACUCCUCGCUGCCAUAUCUAUUCUUAAAAUCCAGAAGAGCGAACUGGUGUGUCACGUUAACUCUGCAUCGGGCGAAAAAGCUUACUUUUCGGCCAUCUAUCUUUGCCAGAGAGCAUCCUUUCAAAGCGAUGAUCUCGGUGCACGAGGCGUCACUAUCCUCGGACAGAUGUGGACGAGCAAGAACAUGUACCGCCGACCAGAUGGACGCAUCGAUAGCCUAAGUACUCGUAUACGGAGUAGGCUAUCCAUGAGCAUUGUCUUUGAUAGUUUCUGGUGGUGGCGGGUUGAGUUUAAUGGGCAGACAAGCCCUUAUCCGGAACAGAACCAAAUUUCGUCUGUGCAAUUAGAUACCGCAGCGCAUUCGAAUGCGACCCAACCCGAAGCGUCCAUGACAACACAAGCUAUAGACUUUCCUAUCCCCGGUAACAUAGACAUCAUGCCAUUGGAUGAGCCCUUCCCCGACUUUGACUGGGCUGUCAAUUUCGAGUUUUUAGAACCAAACUAG